AUGGGGUUUCGGAAAAACGGGGUCAGGACAGUGGAGGUUCGGAAUAACGGGGUCAGGACAGUGGAGGUUCGGAAAAACGGGGUCAGGACAGUGGAGUUUCGGAAUAACGGGGUCAGGACAGUGGAGUUCCGGAAUAACGGGGUCAGGACAUUGGAGGUUCGGAAUAACGGGGUCAGGACAGUGGAGUUUCGGAAUAACGGGGUCAGGACAAUGGGGUUUCGGAAAAACGGGGUCAGGACAGUGGAGGUUCGGAAUAACGGGGUCAGGACAUUGGAGUUUCGGAAUAACGGGGUCAGGACAGUGGAGGCUCGGUAUAACUGGGUCAGGACAUUGGAGGUUCGGAAUAACAGGGUCAGGACAGUGGAGGUUCGGAAUAACGGGGUCAGGGCAGUGGAGGUUCGGAAAAACGGGGUCAGGACAGUGGAGUUUCGGAAUAACGGGGUCAGGACAGUGGAGGUUCGGAAUAACGGGGUCAGGACAGUGGAGGUUCGGAAAAACGGGGUCAGGACAGUGGAGGUUCGGAAUAACGGGGUCAGGACAUUGGAGGUUCGGAAUAACGGGGUCAGGACAGUGGAGGUUCGGAAUAACGGGGUCAGGACAGUGGAGUUUCGGAAUAACGGGGUCAGGACAGUGGAGGUUCGGAAUAACGGGGUCAGGACAGUGGAGGUUCGGAAUAACGGGUUCAGGACAGUCGAGGUUCGGAAUAACGGGGUCAGGACAGUGGCGGUUUCACUGUAA